AUGGACGUCACGACGCGUUCUGAUGCGACAAUCUCCAGCCCUGAGGAUAGCGCGCGACUACCGAAGGGCUCUCUACCCGAUCGGCCAUGCGAUGUUUGUCGGAAGCGCAAAUCAAGAUGUGUGAAAGAGUUGGGCCAGAAUAAGUGCGUCCUAUGCACUUUCCAUCAACGCGAUUGCACCUAUCUAGACGCUCCUGCGCGAAGAAAACGAAAGCGACGAGAUGAAGCAGAACUCGAGUCACCAUCGAUAGGUGCGGCCAGCGUCUCCUCGCCAAAUCCUGGACACUCGCUUCUCAAUUCUACUUUGGGCCUUCAUCGAACCUCACACUCCCGUUUCGUAGGCUCGAGCUCAGUCCAUGAGCCUGUGCUGUGGGCUCUCCAAGAACCAUAUGUCGGCACCAGUAACCAUGAUUACGUACGCCGUGUCGAUGCAAAUACAUUCUUUGUGACCGAGAACGAUCACCAGACUCCGUUUCAUGUAGAAGAGCUUACCGAUAUCGAUGAAAUCGAACGGACAGUCCAGCCUAACGGGCCGAAACUUGUCGAAAUCUACUUUCGCAUUGUGCAUCCCGUGUUCCCCAUUCUUCACAAAGCAGUGUUCCUCGAAAAAUAUGCACGAAGUUACCGCGAAUUCUCGCCCCCUCUGCUCGCAGCAGUCUACUUACUGGCAAUGGACUGGUGGGAAUACGACACGGAUCUAUCCCAGAAGUCGAAGCCAGAUGGCUCACAACUCCUCAGACUAGCGACCAACUCUUUCACGUCGGUCGUGCUGCGACCCAAACUCUCCACAGUGCAGGCGGGUCUGCUUUUGCUGCAGCGGUAUGGAGGUGGCUCGUGGAUCAUGACAAGUCAAGUCGUGGCCGUCGCCGAAGAACUAGGUCUCCACCAAGACUGCUCGAGUUGGAGUGUGCCAGAUUGGGAAAUCGGUCUGAGACGGAGACUGGCAUGGGCCGUGAUCAUGCAGGAUUGUUGGGCCGCAGCACUCUACGGACGACCGCCACAUGUAAGCCUCAAGAAUUGGUCCGCAAGACGGGUAUCUUUGAAUGAUUUUCCCGAGACAGCCGCAGAUCAGGAUAAUCAAGACGGCAGCACGGAAGUGGAGAAAGGCCGACGUCUCUUCAUCCACCUGGCUGCUCUGACAGAGAUUCUCGCGGAAAUUCAAGGUAUCUGUGGUCCUUCUGGUAUGUCUCCUACAGUGUCUGCUCUUGAAGAGCUCUUAACCCAGGUCAAACCGGUGGCCAUGCGACUUCGUGACUGGAAGGCGUCCAUGCCUGCCGGACUGUAUAUGGAAGAUGUGACACCACGCAAACUCUGCUCAAAUGGCUAUCUGCAUCUCGCAUACUACACCGUUGAGAUCCUAUUACAUCGCCAUAUUAUCCGCUGUUGCUCAGUCAGCUCCGACCCCACGCUCGUGUCGCUGUGCCGGGAGGCAGCAAAGUUGCGACUCGAGCAUGCAGUGUCUUUCGUCGACAUGCUACGUCCCGAGCAUCUCCACGCCUUCUGGUGGUUCGCUUCGGCCGAGUCUGUCGUUCUGAUCGGCACCUACAACGCGCUCUUGUGGGCCACGAGCCCCUUGCAAACGGAGGCAGACACGUACAAGAACAAGCUUGAUGAGUUUCGAUGGAGCCUGAAGCUGCGAGCUACGAACUUGAAAUUUGUAACCAUCGCUCUUCAGCAACUGGACAAACUACCCACGUUGGACGAUAGACUUCGGCAAUCCCAAGUUCUUGUGACGAGUCAGGCUGGUGUCUGGCCGUCGAGGCUAUCUGCGUCAACCAUGAUAGACGAAGAUACUCCCCAGCAGACGCCCAGCCAUUUCCAAUUCGAUUGGAAUGCGUUUGACGAGGCUUUCAGUCCCUAUCUGGGUCCAGCUACCGGCAACAGUGUGUUACUUCAACGUUCGGACCAGGGCGAAGACACAUAG